AUCCGAAUACCCAGAUACCCGAUCACAAACAACAGACGCACGUAUCACCAUAAGCUGCAAAAUGUCAGCUCUAGCUCUAGCUCUAGUACUGCUCUGCUCGGCCGCGAUCAUGGUGGCGCCUGCGGCGGCGGACGUGGAGUCCCAUAGCUUCCCCGUCUUCAACGCCACCACGACCGAGAGCCUGUGGGUCGCCACGAACAUGUCCAUCGUCAUGCCCGCAGCGCUCCUCUUCAUGCCCGAGCAGCCGCUUCCCGAGGUCAACGUUUCCGAGGGGUUUCUGCUGCUCCCCAAGAGGAUCGACGUCUGGCGCGCCGGCGCCGGCGCGCUGCCGACACGCGAGGCGUCCUUCAACACGAGCUUCACGGUGGAAAGCUCUGCCCCUCCCGUCUCGUUCGUCCUCCUCCUCGACAGGUUCCCGACGCUCAACAACCCCUUGGGCCUCCGUGGCGCUAACGACUCGUGGACGGGCGCCGCGCCCAACGCCACGGACGGCCUCAGCGCGGUCGAGGUCGGCACGGUGAGGUCGUACGCGCCAGAGUCUCCCAACGUCGGCCUCAACGUCACCAUCGCGCCCAACGGCACCGCGGCGCCUGGCCGCCGCGCCGUGUGGGUCGAGUACAACGCCGUCGAGCACAUCCUACGCGUGUACGUCGCCGCCGGUGGGGAACCGAGGCCAGCCAGAGCGCUCCUCGACGCGCGUCUCUCCCUCGCUGGCCAAGGCACCACGCAAACCGCGUUGGUUGGCUUCUUCGCCGCCAGAGUCCGCGAUAUCUUCCUCGCUGUUCGUGAUUGGGACCUCACGGUGGACAGGCUCGACACCAAUGGCAAGAAGAAGGGAACGCCGUGGUGGGUGAUACUGAUCGCGGUGAUCGGGUCCGUGGCCGCCACUGCCGCCAUCGUCUCGCUGGUGGUGUGCUCCUUUGUAUCGAGGCGACGGGCGCGCGAUAUGGAACCCAAGCAAUAGUCUAUACAGACUUGUCAUGUGCGUGUAGACGAUCUGUGUGCAACUCUGCAAACUACUAUGUUUUUAUGUUACUUUCAAGUUUGAAAUUCAAAU